CCAAGCCCGUAGUUUCUCUCGCCGGCAAGUAAACAUUCGCAAGCAUGAAUCAAUUGAUUUUUCUGCCCCAGAAAAUGGGAAAAUAAUCAUCAUUAAAUCGACACUGCGUUAAAAUUAUUUAAUUGAUGCCGUUAUAGUUGAUUUUUAAGUGCACACCAGUGAUUGUUAAAAAAAUUAUAACCUAGUAGUUAGUAGUAACAAUUAGCAUAAGAGGUAGUGAAGAGUUCAUUGAUCAACAUUAUGACACUAUGCAGAGAUGGAAAAAUUAGUUUAGCAUGUUUCAUCACAGCUUCCGUCCUCGUUGGGCUACCCGAGGUCCUUUUGAGGAUUGAGUUUGACUCUUAUCUUCAUGAUUUAUUCAGGAAUAUUUGGUUUAUACAUGUCUUUCAGUUUGUUUUCUUGAAUUUGUUAGUGUUGCUAGCUUUCAGGGGAUUUCUGUACCAGGUGGCUGUGAGAUCUGUUUUCCUGGGUUACACCCUUGGCAUAGGAAUUAUAGUAGCCCUAUUCGCUCCAGAAUCAUGGAAAUGCUUCGGAAUGUACAUGUCAGUCCUCUCGACCUUCCAUUACUCAGAAUUUUUGGCAAUAGCUUGGUCAAAUCCAAAGGCAGUGUCCAUCGACAGCUUUGUAUUAAGGCACAGUGUGGCAUAUGGGAUUGCUGCAGGCUCCAGUUGGCUUGAAUUCUUUAUUGAGAGGCAGUAUUUCCCAGGUAUGAAGGAAAUAUCCUUCGUCACAUAUUUUGGCAUGCUCAUGUGUGCCUGCGGAGAGGCCCUCAGGAAGCUGGCCAUGUUCACAGCUAAGCACAAUUUCAAUCAUCUCGUGCAGACUGAAAAGUCUGCUGAUCAUGAGCUGGUGACUCAUGGUGUCUACAAGCUCUGCCGGCAUCCCAGUUAUGUCGGCUGGUUCUACUGGUCCAUCGGGACUCAGCUGAUUCUCCAAAAUCCAUUCUGUCUCCUGGCAUAUACAAUAGCAUCCUGGAGAUUCUUCCAUGAUCGUGUAGUUCUCGAGGAGAUCACUCUUUUAAACUUUUUCGGUGACGACUAUGUUAAUUAUCAAAAGGAAGUUGGCACUGGCUUACCUUUCAUCCCAGGCUACAAAAUCGAUACGUAGCUUGCAGUGACAGUGUAGAACUGUACAUUAUUUUGAUUAAUUAAUUAAUUAAUUAAUUCGUUCCGUGUGACAUUAUUUUUAUUGUAUAGAGGCUCAUUCGACUGCGUUUGCAUUUAAUGUAUAGCAAUAUUUCAAUAUUUAUUAUCAUUUCUUUGUAAAAAGAAGAAAACCAAAAAAGUGAAGUUCAGUUUAAACCAUAAAGUAGACAAUGAUUUGUCAAUAAAUUAUAUUUAUGAAACUGUUGUUUCGAUGGGUGAUUGAAAGCAUUUGAAUCCUUUCUGAAGUUUAUCCAUGAAAUUAUGGAAUGUAUAGAUGAUAAUAAUGAGGGGAAUUUCCGCAAUCACCUCGGAUAAAUUAUUACAAUAAUAAAUUUCAUCAAUUUACGGCAUCUGUUGUCUUCUUCAAGGCCAUCGCUUUAUUCUUUACUCCAUCUGCUAAACGAGUUGUCAGGAUUUGAGAUUUUAAUGUUCUAUUGGAAAUGAUCUCCAUACUUGCAGACAUUUUUGUCAAACUUGUUUCGUUUGAUUAAUAAAUGAUAAACUUCUGAUAAUAGAAGGGAGCUCAACUAUUUAAGGCGAGCUGUGCUUCGUUAAAAAUCAUACGUUUUUCAAACACCCAACAGUCUUGGUGUAUUUCAUCUCUGUUAUUACAAUCAUCGUCGAGUGAUUUUAAAAUCGCCAUCAUGAACGCAUUCAAAUUGCUAUUGUUUGUUGCAACUGUGGCCCUCGUGUGCGUCGCUGAAUCUGGCAGGCUCUCUGCACAUGUGGGACCGCUACAUGGAAGUAUUGGAGUCAGUGAUGACCGACGCUAUUAAUUAUUAUGAUGGAAUGGCCCUGUUGAACAAUCUCGAUGGCAAAACUUGCUGAUAGUCUCUUGGAUGUGCCGCAACACCAAUUAUCUCCAAAAUUUUUGUGUUAUUAACAUGCUUUUGAUAUUUAACCAUAUCUGUAAUGUAAUACAUUGGCAUUUAAUAAAUCAAUAGUUUAUUUAUCAAAACUA